AGAGACUAAGCUGGGAGGGAUCGGUAGCCGCGGGAUAGUUGGCUACUUGAGAAUUUCAUGGUCCGCUCCCAAUUGCGACUCAACAUGUGCCGAUCGAAGUUCGGAGUAACAAUGCAAGCUAACGUUACUAUCUUGACAAUUGAGCCAUCUCACUACUAUAGCGAAUACGAUAUUUCAAAGUAUAUGUAUCAUGGCUUUCACAACCAGUGUUUGCCAUACCCACAGAGCUAUGAACCUCGUUCUUUGAUCCAUGUAGCAGUCGGGCGCAUUUGCGUGAAAUAUGGCGACGAUGGCCUACACGAAAGCCGUUUGUGCCUUGACUCUCCUGGCCCACUUUGUUCUUGCCGACGAUCUCGGGCUUGGUGGGGGCUAUGUCACCUUCAAUACAGCCAACUUCAAUGCUCGAUUUGUCGCAGAAUCGCAAGUCUUGGUAUCAUUGACGCCGAGCGGCGACACGUUUGAUUUCUUGCCUUUCGACUAUCUGUCUAAGCGAGCCAGCAAUGGUCAAUACCAUUGGGGCGACAUUACUUACCGCUAUCGUGAAGUGGAUACCACUGCCUGGAUCAACGGCGACUCUGCUGCGGCUCGGGAACCUGUAACAGCACUCUCAAAUGUGUCGUCGAACCUGGCCCCUACCCUUCCAGCUAGUCCCCUCAACAUUACUCGACGAUGGGUUGAUGUCGAUGGGGACCUAGGCCUUCGGUACACCAUUCAGAAUACUGGUGCUGUCUCAUUGGAGCUUGGGAGUCUGGGGUUCCCAGCUGAGUUCAACAGCAUAUUCACCGGUCGUGAUGCUGAGACCAUGCUGGCAGAAUGCUCAUUGUCUGACCCUUAUAUCGGCUUGCACGCAGGGUACAUACGUGUUACGCCUACUUCUGGUACUGGUCCGGCCUUAGUGGUGACUCCAAUUGGCAACACUCCUUUCGAAGCAUACCGAAACUUGGAUGAGCCAUAUUUCGAUGACACAGCUUAUGGGAGCCAAGUAUUCGAGGGGUUUUAUGAAUGGCAAGUGCUCACUACAGCUUGGGCAGAGAAUGAAUGGACAGGGAAAACUCCAUGGAAUCCAGCAUCUUCGGCAAUAUUGGAGCCCGGAGCUGAAUUGGAGUUCGGUUUGCGAUUCUCCGUAGCGCGUGAAGGUGUUCGUGGAAUUGACGACACCGUGGAGAGCACCGGCACACCUGUCGCCAGAGGCAUCCCAGGAUACAUCGUACCUGGAGACUCUGUUGCUCGACUUCUUCUGAAGCAUACAUCAGAUGUGGCGACAAUCGUGGCAGACCCAGUUGGUACCUUGGUAGUGGUCCCAGUGUCAAAUGGUCUCUAUACAGUCACGCCUGGCAGUUCGGCAUGGGGUAGAUCACGUCUGACUAUCAAAUAUGCCGAUGGUAUCACACAGACGGUGCAUUACUACAUCACCAAGUCUGCUACCGAAGCUGUUGCUAACCUCGGAACCUUCUCGACUACGAAUCAGUGGUUUGACGAUACUACGGAUCCCUUCGGUCGAGCGCCUUCAGUCAUGACUUACGACUAUGAAGAGCGCCAAAUCGUCACACAAGAUACACGGGCUUGGGUCGCUGGUCUCAGUGACGAAGCCGGCGCUGGAUCGUAUUUAGCCGCUGCGAUGAAGCAAUCUGUGCAGCCAGAUGCCAAGGAGAUCACACUCCUCGAGUCUUUUGUUGAUGGUGUUCUUCGGAAGACUAUUCAGAAUGCUGACUACUCUGUGAAGAAGAGCAUUUUCUACUACGAGCCGCCAACGGUGAAUUACCCAUACAACCCUGGUUGGGAUUGGAGCUCGUGGACUUCGUGGAAUAAGGCAGCGGCCUACAGUAUCGAUCGCGCGUACGACUAUGUCCAUGUAUCCGCAGCCUAUUGGGCCCUGUAUCGCGCCGCCAGAUCAUAUCCAAACCUGUUCGCCAGCCAUGACUAUAGCUGGUACCUCAACCAAUCAUAUCAGACAGUGGUGCGAACAAUGCAGAAUGACAUCUCAUACAAAGAUGUCGGAUUGAUGGGAGAGACAGUCUGGGGUGAACUGCUGGCUGAUCUGCAACGAGAAGCAUGGACUGCCCAGGCGAGCACGUUGACCAAGCUAAUGAAAGCGCGUGCUUCAGCGUGGAGUACCCAAACUGUCCCUUAUGGGAGCGAAAUGGCAUGGGACUCUACCGGUCAGGAGGGUGUCUAUUAUUGGACUAGAUAUUUCGGCUUUGCCGAUUCUGCGCUUAAGACCGUAAAUAGCGUGUUGGGUUUUAUGCCCACAGUGCCACAUUGGGGCUGGAAUGGAAAUGCUCGUCGCUAUUGGGAUAACAUUUACGGUGGUAAACUUCGAAGAAUUGAACGUCAGAUCCACCAUUACGGUUCUGGUCUUAAUUCGCUCGUCUUGCUCUCCGCUUUCCGCGACAAUCCCAAAGAUACCUACUUGAUUGAAGUAGGUUAUGGAGGUAAUAGCGGACCUCUUUCCAACAUCAACCAAGAUGGUUUCGCCGCCGCCUCGUUCCACUCUUGGCCUGACACACUUAAAUGGGACGGGAUCAGCGGUGAUUACGGUCCCAAUUUUCUGGCUCUGGCUCUAGGCUCUGCAACUUAUGUUGUAGACGACUCUGACCUAGGGCUUGUCGCUUACGGUGGCUUGCUGGAGUCUGGUGGAACGACAGCUACUGUCCAGACUCGCGACCCGGUUAGAAGGCGGGUGUUCAUCGGUCCUCUUGGUGCAUUCGUGACUGUAGAUGCAGGCAUUAUAUCGAAGCUUAGCUAUGACCAGACGUCUGGUGAGAUUUCGGUCACUCUAGGUCAAUUAGAAGUCGCACCAAUAGCCGACAACGUGGUGGUUUGGGUCGAAGCGACGGCCGGGUCCGCAAACUACAGUGUCACAACACCAAAGGCCACCCAAUCCAGGGGAGGGUGGCAGAUCCCACUAGGUGCAAACACCGUUACUGUUACUUUGAAUCCAACAUGAUUGGAUUUCACUGCAAGUCUAGCUACAUCAGAAGUGACAGUUGUAGGAGCCACUUUUGAAGGAUGGAAUUGUCAAGAAUGUGAGUUCUCGUUAUGUGCGCCUAAUUGAUUGAUGAUUUUCGUAACGAUGUCCACCUCUGACAAAUUAUCUAACUAUCCAUACUGUGGUACGCUAAGAUUAGUUGCGGAAACUAAAUAUAGGGCGAUCAUGUGCUAGAAUUGUAGCGUUCUUGGAUGCUGCCAGGUGUUGCAUUGCUGCGCAUCAAUAGGUUCUCAGUUAAAUAGUGCCCUCAGCAUCCAUCAUUCGUGAAAAGAUUCUAAUACAGCCAUGCGCCGAAAUGAAGCACGAUCCUACAUGGUAGCUAUAGGAUGAACUAGUAGUUUAACACACAAAAUUAAUCUAUUUCUGGGUCUUGCGG